UCAGCCAAACGUGUUACUUAAUUUAUAUUAAACAUACGGGUUUCUUGAGAAAUAGCAUUAUCCUGGUCAUAAUUGAGAUCCAGAAAAUGAGCACCGAAGAAAAUAAUGCCCUCGGCUUCGUAUCGGACAUGAGUCGUCUCUGCAUGAACGAGCUCUACUCGGACGUGAUAUUCUUGGUGGAGGAUCAGCGUUUGCCGGGUCACCGCAACAUUCUGGCAGCUCGCUCUGAGUACUUCCGCGCCCUGCUCUACGGGGACAUGGCAGAGUCGAAAGAGCGGGAAAUUCGGCUGGAGGUGACGUCUGAGUCUUUCAAGAUAAUACUCGAGUACCUUUAUUCGGGCAACCUACCUAUUUCCACACUAAACGUGGAUCAGAUAGUCGAUGUGCUAGAUUUGAGCCAUCUUUACGGGUUGAAAUACGUUGAAACGGUCAUAGCCAUAUACCUCCAGAAUAAUCUGAGCCUCAGCAAUGUGUGCGUGAUCCUGGAUGCAGCGCGCCGAUGCUAUCUGAACGAUCUGACCAAAGAAUGCCUCAAGUAUAUGGAUCGCAAUGUGGUCGCCCUACUAAAACAAGAAUCCUUCCAGCUACUGUCCAAGGAAUCACUUGAGGAAGUCCUGCGACGAGACAGCUUCUGUGCCCCCGAAGUGGAAAUCUUUCGGUCUGUAUGCAAAUGGAAGGAAAAUAAUCCGAGCGAAGAUAUCAAGACGAUGCUCUCCCUUGUACGUCUCCCCCUUAUGAGUAUCGAUGACCUGCUGCAUGUGGUGCGUCCAUCGCACAUAUUUGAGUCGGACAAAAUAUUCCAUGCCAUUGAUCAAUUGAACACUGGAGAGAAUCUGCCCUACCGCAUAAUCGUGUUGCCGGGGGAGAAUGUGGCAAGCCAUAAGUAUAAUGUCGGCCAUAACACUGACAACCAAAAUGAGAAACUUUUUGUGCUGAGCAACUUCUUCGUAAUCAACUCUAUUGAAAUAACUGCAUGUAGUUUAAAAGACUUUUCAUGCCACGUGGAGGUAUCAUGCGAUCGAACUCACUGGGAUCGUGUGGGAACUGUCGGAAUAAAAUCCACCUCAUUUGGUCCGCAAAUCCGCUUCACGGAGCGUACUGUUCGCUACAUUCGGAUCGUGAAAGCACAAACAUAUUCAAAUACUAAUUUAAGUGCCAUGUAUCUAGAUGUGAACUAAAUGCAGUGCAUUCAAAGUC